UUAAACCGGCGGCGGUUGCCGGGUGGGUGUUUCGCUGCUGGGGCCGGACGUGGUUCCAGUCCCUGUGCCCGUGCCAUGGACUCCCGCCUCUAUCGCAACGUCCAUCCCGGCGCCGUUAUUAACAUCCAGCGGAGCAGUGGCUUAAUCCAUAAGGCAACGGUGAAGGUAGUGAACGUAGAGCACUCCUGCGUGACCGUGGAGUGGCCUGAGGGCGGCGCUACCAAAGGCAAGGAGGUUGAUAUUAAUGACGUGAUUGCAAUAAAUCCUGAAUUAUUAGAGCUACCUCCUCCUGAUGUGAAAGAAAAUGUUCCUUUGCCUUUCAAUGUAACUUUACAGAAACAGAAGCGUAGAACAACUCUUUCAAAAAUUCCUGCUCCACGGGAAGCAGUCACACCUAAUGUCUCUGCACAUGAGCAGAAGAUUCAAGCUGUGCGUGGCCGUUCCAGGAUGUCUGCUAUCACAGAAUCCCAGUGCAGCUUCCAGGAAGAUGAGAUGGCAGUAGAUCCCUGCACUUCUUUGCAAACCAGAAAAUAUGUGUCACUUCCUGCUGGCCAAACCAGGGCUAGAGGGCUGGGUUGUAUUCCAGAAGCCUCCCAGUCAAGUGUAAAUGAAAAUACAGAGAAUCAUCUGCCUGCUGCUAGGACAAGCUCUUCAGAGAGCCCAGUUCGAAGAAGAUCUAACAUUGUGAAAGAGAUGGAGAAAAUGAGAAACAAGAGAGAAGAAAAGAGAGCUCAAAUGAGUGAAAUCAGGAUCAAACGAGCACAGGACUUUGACAGCACCUGUCCAAACUGGGAGUUUGCGCGUAUGAUCAAGGAAUUCAGAGAAACUUUAAACUGCCAGCCAAUAUCUAUAAGUGAUCCAAUAGAAGAGCACAGGAUUUGUGUCUGUGUGAGAAAGCGUCCUCUCAAUAGGCAAGAACUUCUAAAAAAGGAAUGUGAUGUGGUUACUGUUCCGAGCAAGUGUGUCUUGAUGGUGCAUGAGCCAAAGCAGAAAGUGGACCUAACAAAAUACCUUGAAACCCAAACAUUUAGAUUUGACUUUUCAUUUGAUGAAACUUCUUCGAAUGAAAUGGUAUACAGAUUCACUGCUAGACCUCUUGUAGAGACCAUCUUUGAGGGUGGGAAGGCGACAUGCUUUGCAUAUGGCCAGACAGGCAGUGGGAAGACACAUACUAUGGGUGGAGACUUCUCUGGGAGAACCCAGAAUGCCUCACAGGGCAUAUAUGCUUUUGCCUCACAAGAUGUCUUCCUCCUCCUAAACCAGCCCAGGUACAGGAAUCAGAAUCUGGAAGUCUAUGUGACUUUCUUUGAAAUAUACAAUGGAAAAGUGUUUGACCUCUUGAAUAAGAAAGCCAAGCUUCGAGUCCUGGAGGAUGGCAAGCAACAGGUCCAGGUUGUUGGUCUCCAAGAAAAACCAGUUAGCUGUGCUGAGGAUGUCAUCAGAAUGAUUACGAUUGGCAGUGCCUGCAGGACAUCUGGGCACACUUUUGCAAAUGCCAGCUCUUCACGGUCACAUGCCUGCUUCCAAAUCAUACUGCGCCGAAGAGGACAAAUGAUUGGCAAAUUUUCCUUGGUGGAUCUGGCAGGAAAUGAAAGGGGUGCAGACACAUCUAGUGCUGAUCGGCAGACACGGAUGGAAGGUGCUGAAAUCAAUAAGAGCUUGCUGGCUUUGAAGGAGUGCAUCCGAGCUUUAGGGCAGAACAAGUCUCAUACCCCUUUUCGGGAGAGCAAGCUGACACAGGUGCUAAGAGACUCUUUCAUAGGAGCAAACUCAAGGACCUGCAUGAUAGCAAUGAUUUCUCCAGGCAUGAGUUCGUGUGAGUACACCUUAAACACACUGAGAUAUGCUGACAGAGUGAAAGAGCUCAGCCCUCAUGAUGGAGGUAGUGAAACUCAGAAUCAAAUGGAGACUGAGGAGAUUGAGACCAGUACAGAAGGCUCAGGUCUUGAAUUCAAUCUCUCCAAGGAUGAGGAAGAGGAACUCUCUCCCCACAUGUUCAGCUAUCGAGAGGUUAUGGCUCAAAUUAGUGAAUGGGAGGAGAAGGUUAUAGAACAGCUCAGAGAACUGAGACAGGUAUGGGAAACAGCAAACCCAGCUCAGGCCACCUUCUAUACGUUGAUAGCGGCUUGCUUUGUCUGAGUCAAGUGCUGCUGG